AAAAAUAAAACAGUCUGGCAGCGAGCGCUGUCAUAUCAACAUCCUAAUAAAUUUUAAUUAUCAAAAUCAUAAGUAAUCAUCCCCGUGAAACUUCAAUCGCAGAUUCAAAAACUAAAAAACAUUUCCAUCUAUGCGCAAUCGCAGUUGCAUAACAGAUAAAUCUUCCCUCUCUCAGUAAAAUACCACAAGUACGCAAUCUCCAAGGCAACAUCUCGUCGAAGAAGGGUUUUUUUGUUCCACACCCUCGUCUUGCAGUCGUGAUCCUCAUCUUCAAGAGCCCAAGUCCAGUGCGUCCCUUACUCGAUAAAUUUAAAAAAAAACCAGCCGCCUCAAUUGAUUUUCUUCAGUGUUUUCCCAUGAGUUUCUUCUAGACUAGAAAAUUUAUUUAUUCUCACCCAUUUAAAAUAACAAAGGAAUAUUCAUUUAUAUCGAUAAAAUAUAUAUUGAUCGCUCUAAAUUACCAUAUUUAGUUGAGUGAUUUCCCUUUGAAUAAGGAAGCUAAUUAACGUAAUUUAUUUUUUACGAUACCCCAGUACAGUUCGUCUACCUCAGCCCUAAAAAAAUGUGUAUUUUAUUUCGCUAACGUGAUUUGCUGCACUUAAGAAAGUGAUAGUGAACUUGAAAAAAUAAAUUUGAAUUAACAAGGAAGUUAAUUGAACAUCAUCAAGAUGGAUUUCAAGUUCAACGUAAAUAGACUACUGCCGAGAAAGAUCAACAAGGUCACUCAUACAUUAAUACCAGAGGAUUUUCGUGGCGAUCGACGAGAAUAUAAUGAAUCGCAACGACAGAUCUCCAGGAUUCUUGAUGACAUGGGUGAGGCAUCGGCAAUGGCCCAAGGAUUGAGUAAACCAAUAACAAGUGCCCUAAAAUUACGCGAUACCGAUCACGUCGUUUAUCUCCUAGUAGAUAAUGCCGGAAAUGAAGGCCUUGGCAGCGUCGUGGGAUUACUUAAGACCGGCUCCAAGAACCUUUUCAUGUUCGACGAAGCCGGCGCAUACUUCCAGUUGCAGCCACGUUGCAUUCUCGAUUUUUAUGUUCAUGAAUCCAAACAGCGCAUGGGAUUUGGGAAAGAUUUAUAUGAAUUUAUGUUGGCUGAAGAGAGGAUCCGACCAGUGAAAUUAGCGAUCGAUAGACCGUCAGAUAAAUUUCUGCGUUUUCUGCGCCGACAUUAUGGUCUGGAUGAAAUAAUUCCACAGAAUAAUAAAUUCGUGGUCUUUCGCGGAUUUUUUGAUAAUGAAAAUCAAGAGGUCAGUAGCACUAGGUAUAGCUUACCUUCGAGAGGCUCUGUCGAUUAUUCUUACAACAACAACAACAACAAUAAUAAUCAUAGUAACAGUAAACCUUCGUCUGCUUCAAGUAAUGGGCAUUCGAUCAUCAAUAAUUCAAACUCAGGACAUUCGGGCGCGCCGAGAAGUUCUUACGGACGUUAUGCAGCAGCAAGACCUCCUUGUUCAAUGGCUAAUAUAAUACAUAAUGCCCCAGUGUUUGGCCAAGCCGCCGAACGUACCGGUGAUAUCCCGUCAACACCCGGCCCGAAAUUGGAACGUCCACGUUCACUGAGUCUUUACUCAGAGACAGAACAGAAGCAACGUAAUAAUGAAAUGUCUACUGUACCGACACCAGCUGCUGAGCCUCAAUGUACGCCAUUUUCUCGUGAAAUUCCAGCAGAAGCUGUACGUAAUUACGAUAAUGAACAAUUAGAAGCUCCGACGCCUUAUUCGACACCCAACAGGCGCCCGAUGUCUCAGCGAAUGAAUUCCGGUGAUCGUCCUUUGACUCAAUCAGGAAAUAAUGAACGUCCUAUGACCCAAUCAUCCAAUGAACGUCCUAUGACUCAAGCGUCCAAUGAACGUCCCAUGACACAGUCGUCUAAUGAACGUCCUAUGACUCAAUCGUCCAAUGAACGUCCCAUGACUCAGUCGUCGUCCAAUGAACGUCCUAUGAGUCAUUCAGGAUCUAAUGAACGUCCUGUGACAAAAUCACGAUCUACUGAUCGAUCAAUGACCCAAUCGGCGGCUCCAAGUGGACGUCAGACACCCCAGCCAAUGUCUAAAUCAAAAAACUCAACUCAGAAUUUCAUGUCCGUUCAUUCUGAUGAAAAAACACCUGCGGGUAUAAAGACGACGCCAUCUUGUGCUCAAGAAGUAAAUGGCAAUCAAAAUGGACACUUGGAUCUCAAAUUUUAUCACUCGCCUCUGUGGUAG